UUGCUGUCAAGCAUUGCUUUUUCGAGUUCUUUGGCGUCCCCAGCCAUGGUUGCUAUGGCAGCUACGGCCAGCUAUUUGCAAUGCAUCGGCUUGAUUUUCUUUUGGAGUUUCAAGCCUUCGGAGCCGCACCUGUCAGCAUAUUUGGUGGAGGUGAAACAUUUCAGCAAGCACCAAAGAGAUGCUGAAAUCUACACCGUGUACAGCUAUGGGUCGUUGGUGGUGGUCACCCUUUGCGCACUGGUGAAAGUCUAUACCCUGCGACUGCCCAACUUCAAAGGCUUGGGCAACAAAGCGCUGAUCCUGCUGGGAGCAGGUGCACGUGUGGCCACACGCGUGCUGCUGCUCUACGGCACAACGCUCUGGCAGAUGCAGCUAAUGCAGGUGGCCUUUUCCGUGGGUUUGGUCGGGGAGUUUGCCUUCUACGCCUACUGUUUGAAGGUCAUUCCUGGUGAGAGUCAAAGGCUCACAGCCCUUGUGCAGAGUUCGUAUUUGGUGUCUCACACCUUGGCUGGUCUGCUGGGGGAUUGGCUUCUCCAUCAUACAGACCUUGGCUUGGUGGGUUUGCUGUGGAUUGCGGCCGUGUCGGUGUUCCUGUCCUGCCCCCUGGCAUGCAGCCUGAAAGAGGUGGACAAGUUGGAUCGCCCUGCAGUGUCUCCCAAGGUCUUAUGGGGCAUCUAUUCGUCUCCUCGCUACUUCUGGCUGUCAACGCUCUGGUGGGUCUUGAGCUAUCCGGCUUACCAGACCAUCUAUGGUUACGAGUCCUCGCUCUACGCCGAUCGGUUCAGUGAUGCUGCGAUAGACCACAACGGCAGCAUCUUUGCCGUGGCCUUGCUCUGCGGCGCCCUGAGCUCCGCGACGCUCUCCUGGCACAGCGUGGAACGCAGGGUCCGCCAAACGCCCACGUCAGUUUUUGUGCUUCUCAGCUGUUUGCUCUCUGGCAGCAUGGUAGCUAUGGGCUGGUUUCACAGUGAGUGGAACUUGGCGCUUUCUUUCACGGUGUUCUUCAUUCUGUGGAGUUUUGCGAAUGCUUUGUUCUAUGGAGAGACCCGGCGUAGCGUGGAUGCUGGGCUUGAUGCGCUCCAUCUGGGGGAACAGGAGCGCAAAAGCAUCACGGCCAGUGUGGUCUCCACAGUUUUCAUGCUCAAUUCGGCCGUCGGGACUUUGGUGAACGGGAUUAUAUCUUUCGUUGCCUUCAACUGCCUUGACCUGUCUGUGGAACGAGUUUUUCAAGCCAUGGCAAUACUGCAAGGAUCACUGACUGUUCUGGUCAUUGGCUUGGCCCUCGGAGUACAACGCGUCUCUUCACCGCGAUCCUAUCAGGAGAUGGCGCGAGUAGGUGCAGUGGCUGUGCCAGUGACUGCCGUGGGCUUUGACCCGCAAACGCCGCCAACGGAAGCUGAGCAGGUCAGUUGAUGGCACGAAAGUGCCAACCGAUUUCCAGCAACCUACCGACAAUCCCCUGGAAGUUUGCCUUUGAACCUCUUGAACCUCGCACUUGGAUACUUCCGCCAUGACUCUCUUCCAGCCAAAGCAAGCCGUGCCGUGCCGGCGAUGCGGACCGGUGCAAACUGUGUCUUCAGUAAAGGAGUCUUACAAGUCACCAAGUGAAGCCUACGAGCGAAGCAAAGAAGUCUAUCCACUGGUUCUGUGAAGAACCUGGACAUUUGCCUGAUUAGUAAUUUGCCCAAAAGAGGUGAUGUGAUGAUUUCAGAUCAAAAACUUCAACAGCCGGAUAGAGACAUUCAGCUGACCAAGCUGUGGAUACAGCUUGCCAAAAAAUGCGCCCGAUUCAGGGUUCAAGCUGAUUUAUUAAUUGCUCAGUGGGUGGUUCCGAAAGUGUUUGACAGUACACUAUGUGGAAAUGUUGUGUCUCGAUAUUGAAA